CCCCUUAAGACACCCACUUCCGCUUCUGUGUCAGGACAAGGCUGCUUACUACAUUCCUGCCUAUCUUUGUGGGCUUGCCAAAACACUCACACUUCGCACACGGCCGAGGUUAUUAAUUUUGCUCUGAUCAUCAACACCACAGAGACUGAGCCCUCACCCUCCAGCCUUCUAGCUGCUCUCAGACAACAGACAAGCUGGUUUGAUCUGACUGACAGGAUCGUCUGCCUGACGUCAGGCUCUUCUUUUAUAGAGUCAUAGGAUUUGACUUUAACCUACUGCCACUCCAAAGCACACUUGGUCAGAAGGUCGCCCCUUCAGAAGAACCGGGCCGUCGCCAAAAGAAUCAUGUGCUAGAAGUUGAGCAUCUGUACCAAACAACUGGUCUGUUUUGACUCUGGAAGAUGAGCAAUGAGGACGAGUUUUAUGACGCCGUUACAGGCCUGGAUUCAGAUGAGUCGUACGAGGGGUUGUCUGAGGCCAGUUUCAAAGAUGCACAGUUUGACUGCAGCAGUCACAGAAACAAUGGAUCAGUGCCAAACAAGAAUGGAAUCAAGAAACACAGAACCUCUUUACCUGCACCCAUGUUUUCCAGAAAUACUGUCAGUGUCUGGAGUAUCUUAAAGAAAUGUAUUGGACUGGAAUUGUCCAAGAUCACCAUGCCUAUUGCCUUCAAUGAGCCUCUAAGUUUUCUGCAGAGAAUGACGGAAUACAUGGAACACACUUACCUCAUCAACAAAGCCUGUUCGCUGUCCGACUCCAUCGAGCGAAUGCAGGCAGUAGCUGCUUUUGCUGUGUCAGCAGUGGCAUCUCAGUGGGACAGAACUGGAAAGCCCUUCAACCCUCUGCUGGGAGAAACCUAUGAACUUGUCCGGGAGGAGCAAGGUUUCCGGCUAAUAUCGGAGCAGGUGUCCCAUCAUCCUCCUGUCAGUGCCUUCCACGCAGAGGGUUUGGCUGGGGACUUUGCUUUCCAUGGUUCCAUCUAUCCCAAACUCAAGUUUUGGGGAAAGAGUGUUGAGGCGGAACCUAAAGGGACUAUCACACUAGAGAUCAUCAAGCAUAAAGAAGCUUACACAUGGAGCAACCCUUACUGCUGUGUGCACAACAUCAUAUUAGGGAAACUGUGGAUAGAGCAGUAUGGUAACGUGGAAAUAGUCAACCACAGAACUGGAGACAAGUGUGUAUUGAAUUUCAAACCAUGUGGGAUGUUUGGCAAAGAGCUGCACAAAGUAGAAGGAUACAUCCAAGACAAGAAUAAAAAGAAACACUGUGUCAUCUAUGGGAAGUGGACUGAGUGCAUGUGGAGUGUGGACCCUCAGGCCUACGAGGCCCACAAGAAAUCAGAGAAGAAAGGAGAUAAGAAGCAAAAAAAUGAGGAGCUUCGCAGAUCAGAAAACGAUGAAGCUGACAACAUGCCUGAGGUCCAAGAGACUGUCUCUGUGGUUCCAGGAAGCACUCUUCUGUGGAGGAUAGACUCCAGACCAGCGCACUCUUCCAGAAUGUACAACUUCACAACAUUUGCGAUGUCGCUCAACGAGCUGGAGCCGGGCAUGGAAGCCAUGUUGGCCCCAACUGACUGUCGCUUCAGGCCUGACAUCAGAGCCAUGGAAAACGGAAACAUCGAUGAAGCCAGUAAGGAGAAGGAGAGGCUGGAGGAGAAACAGAGAGCUGCCAGAAAGGAGAGAGCAAAGAAUGAUGAGGAUUGGUCAACAAGAUGGUUCCAUCUGAGCACCAACCCGCACACCGGCAAUCAGGAUUGGAUCUACAAUGGUGACUACUUCAACAGGAACUACAAGGAUCUCCCAGACAUCUACUGAAAGUCUGGACCCCUUCAUCCCUCCUGACUUCAUCCACUGCUUCUUCAUUCCAACCUUUCCCCAUCUUCAUCGUGUUGCCUCUGUCGUCACCUCAGAGCGACUCGGAUACAGGUUAAUAAGACUUGAAGGGAAGAAACGCGUCAGGAAUCUAUCGACACGUCAAUUUUACGCUACAUUUUUGCCUCUUAAUGACCAGCAAACCUCUAUCAUCUCUGAGCACAAUUAUCAUUCUAUUCUGAGCAGCACUGAGCUGCCAACUCCAUACCGCUCACAGCGCCACCAUCUGAAUGUUUCACAUCUUUGCAACAUCUGGAUAGUUUAUCAUGUCAUUAUUGAAUAAACGAGGAAAUACUACUUUACCUGAGACUUAAUGGGUCACAGUUUUCUUCUUUAUGGAUGCAAACAGUCAAAAAGAAGACAGAAGUUUUAUUUGGAAAGGCUCUAAUCUGACUCUUUAAAGAACAAGAUGUUUUAUCUUCUGUUUUGUUUUUUCGACAAAGACUCCAUGUCAAAAGUCAAGAAAUUCUGAACGCAGAUGCUGACUUUGGAGCUUUUAUUUGUGAACAUCAGUUGUGUUUUUUUUAAAGGAAAAGUUUGCCUUAUUUAGAGAAAACAAACCAACAGCAGGAUGAAUUACCUUUAGUUUCUAAAACAUAUUUAUAAUACCAGUUUUUGAACAUAUGCAGAGUGACGCACAACAUCAGUCAGAAGGAAAAUAUUUGUUUGUUUGUUUUUUUAGGUUAAAUAAUCUUAUCAUAACAAGCCAGGGGGAUGAUAUUAUUCUUUAUGCAGAAUCAGAGGCAUGUAUGUUAGUUUUCCACAUGCAGAUCUGCUAGUGAAAAUGCAACCAUAAAGCCGCAUCCCUAAAUAUGUAAAUGUAAAAAUAAACAUUUGGAUUUUUCUCGACUGUAUUUGCAUGUAGAUGUAGUCCUAAAGCUGCGACAGACUGGCGACCUGUCCAGGACGUCCCCUGCCUUCGCCCACGAGUGGCCGGGAUAGGCUCCAGCAGCCCCGUGACCCCGAAAGGGACAAAACGGGUUCAGAGGAUGGAUGAAUGAAUGAAUGUAGUCCUAAAGAACUCACUCCUGGGUUAAAAAUACUUUCUUUUUUAUCUUUUAGGUUUUAGAACACUGAUCACCUCCUUCACAUUUGAACAGGAGUAACUGCAUUGUUUCUCACAUUUCAAAUGUUCUAAUUGUACAAUAGGAGGAAUAGUCUCUAUGGACAUACUUUAACCUGCGAUGCAGCUGUUGAUGAAUAUAGCAGCUAUCUGGCAGAGAGCCGGGGGGGUGGGGGUGGGGGGGGUGUUAGAGCAGGAAAUGUAUGCAGUAGAGAGGAUCCACAACAAAAACACUGUAAAAUCCAGCAGUAAUUGGAUUUUCCCAUGUGAGAAGAGGGGGCCCCUCUGCAGACUGGAAAGAUGGAUUUUUGGAUGUUUGGUCAGACACAUCACACACCCAGAAUGCACUUCCAUUUCAUCUGCAAGCUUUGAACUAUGUUGGGUUUGAUUCACAAAAUAAAGGCUUCAAGUAUUUCUUAUUGUAGAGCAGAUCCCAACAGGUUUUAGACGAAAAAUCUAAACAAUCUGUAGUAGAAAUGGACUCUUCAGGUUAUUUGACGCAUUUUUUUUUCUUUUAGCUACAAUAUCUGCAUUCAUUAAAGUCAGACUUUUUGACAAGAACUUAAUUACAUUUUAAACUUUUAGUUUGAAAAGCCAAGUCAUUACAAGUUUCACACAUUUAUGUGAACCCCAAGUUGUUUUUGAUCCAAUACUAAAAGGCAGCUUUACUUUCUUCUUGACCCGUUUUUUUGUCAAAUUCCUUUCUUUUCUUAAAUGCUCUUUUAUUUUCUCAUUUUCAGUUUCUGUAGUUACAGAGGUGAAAAGAACGUUACAGUUUUUUAAACCACUUGGGGAGCAGCUAGUAAUGCUGUGCAAAGUGAUUUCUAAAGAUCUAUUUUAUGUCAUGCUCAGUGCCUGGAAUUCUUUUUUUUUUUUUUUUUUAAAUCCAGUUUUAAGAAGGGUAGGAAGUUUUCUUUUUGCAGUUUAUUUUUCUUCUGUUGCAAACAUGUCUCAUCAGUCCAGACCUAAACGGGUUUUAAUGUGGGUGUCUGAUCAAAGCCAGAGCUUGUUCAUCUAAUGCAAAGGACAACAAGAAAUGUUGGAUACCUAUAUAUGAUAAAACCUAAGCUACCAGGCUGUUACUUUAUAUUCUAAUUUUGGUCGUUUAAGUUAUAAAGUAAUAAACAUUUUCAACAUUA